AUGGGUAAAGACGACGAGUCAUGCUUCAAAGAGACCGUCGUGCUCGGUCUGUACGGCGGUCAGCCGAGACGCCAGAUCGCCUCGCAAACUGGCCAGUUGGUGGCUGGUUCCUCGACGUCCAGGUCGGCCGAGUGUUCGGUUUUCGCUGCCCCGACGACGAUUGCUCCCAACCUGAUAGAUCCAUUUGAAGAUGCCGAGUUCAUGCUGCGAGACUACGAUUCACUUGAUGAACUGGACUUUAUCGACGCCAACCAGUCGGCGGUACACGAGCCGACGAGUCAGUUGGUGCCAGUCCAUCCGCCUCGUCUUCGAGGCGCCGACUUCAAGACUGCCGACUCUUGUCUGGCGGCCAGGCAACGUUUGGUGACGGUGGCUAAGACGACCGUGAAAGCUGGUGGAGGCGACGCAGGCGACGCAGGCGGCAGCAGCAGAAAGAGAAAAGAAGUGACGGCGAAAGCGGAAGUUGAAUUGACGAAGAGGAGGACGCAAACCGCCGUCAGGUUGAUCGACAGAAGCAAGUUCGACUUUCAGACGAACAGGCUGCUGGAGCCUGGCGAGGAGGCCGACUUCGAGAGGGAUGACAGCGUGGACUCGGGCACAAGCCUGUUCAGCUCGAAUUCGGUCAGCUCGAGUGCCUCGGACGCGAGCAGAAAUAAGCCUCAAAAAGGUAGACGUUUUGUGAUAUGA